UUGUUGGCGAAAGGCCUUUCACUUACUAGAACUAAAAGGCCAAGAGGCGCAAAGCAAGCAAAUAAUUGAUCUGAGAAAAAAAAAUUAGAAAAGAAAGAAGGAAGGAAAAUGGCGGAGACGACGCCGUCGCCGUCAUCAUCAACGUGGGAGCAAGGGGAACAGGUGAAUGUGAAUAGUAGUAAUAUGAGUUUAGGAAAGGGUGAUGAUGAUGAAAAGAAUGGGCAAGAGGCAGCAGCAUCAGCUUCUUCAGUGGCAAUGGCAGCAUCGAUGGCGGAGGAUCUGCAGCGUACGGUCAUGCAAUCCACGGACUCUGCCAUUCGUUCAGCUCGCUCUCUCCAACACCACUUGCCCCAAUAUGUCGAAAAAGCUGUCUCCGACUACAGGACCUACGAAAAUGCUUUCUUCACCAAGAUCAAAGAAGGGUUGAUGAGUGCAAGAGAGCACCCGACCUCAACUCUUGGAAUUGGUCUUACUGCUGCCUUCCUUCUUUUGCCAGGACCAAGAAGGUUCUUCAUCCGCCAGACAUUUAGUCGACUUCAGAGUGAGGAGGCACAAUUUGUUAGAGCUGAGAAGAAUGUAAAGGAGCUAAAUCUUUCAGUUGAUUUGAUGAAGAAGGAGAGCAAGAAACUUCUUGAAAGGGCACUUCUUGCUGAAAAGGAUAUGAAAUAUGGCCAGACUGAUCUCAUGGAUGUGGGAAGUCAAAUUCAAUCUCUAUCUAAAUCUGUUCACAAGGUUGAAUCCCAAGCUGCAGAUUUAAUGGAUGGGCUGCGAGAAAUUCCUAAUAGGGAGGCCUUGAAGCUUAGAGCAGAGGUUGCUUCAAUGGCAUCAGUUUUGAAAAGGCAGAGGUCUGUGCUGGACAAACGGAUAAUGAAGAUCUCGGAACUAGGACUUCCAGUGUAACAGCUAGGAGAGAUUGAAGGGCGAUUGAGCCAGGAAUUUUGCUAUCUGAUAUAGGGUGGUGCUUUACACACCCCCUUUUUCUUUUUGUUGAUUCUCAAUUGGCAUGCAACCAUUAGUUCUGCUUUGUAAGCAUGCAACCAGUAGUUCUGUUUUGUAAUAAAAUAACUCCAGGAGUGGCAAUCAAUUUUCACUUCUAUUCAUUUGUGAAUA